AUGGUUUGCAGUGGCAUUUGGUUAGCUGUAUUCGUGCUGGUGUUUCUUUCCGUAAUUGCAUCCGUAAUGUUGCUGGUCGGUGUGAAUCUAUCGUCGUUCGUAUGUCAACCGCUGGAGGAUCCUCUUUCCAGACCUGAUAUCAUCUCGUUAGGUGAUCGUAUUGUGAAUCUAUGGAAAACCGAACGUAUUGAGCAUGAUCUGCCUCUUCUAUCGUAUGGUACCUCAUCUGCUAAUUCGAGUCAGAGCCUCAUUACUUCUAUUAUUGAUGGAUGCUCCCUGUCGCAGUCUUCAAAUAACUAUAAUAAUAAUAAUAAUAAUAAUAAUAAUAAUAUAAAUACCAACAAACCAGCCCAAAAAACCUUCUACGAGAUAUUUCAACUCGAUAAAAAAUACCGUCUACUAAACGUGACCGCCCGAGAUUUAAAUGGCUAUCAAAAGCUAAAUGAUUUCUUCGAUAAUUUGGCUAAUCAAAUGCGAAUCAACAUCGAAACGCAUAUGAAAAAUAACAAUAAUAACAAUAUAAAUAAUAUUUUAUCGAAAAACAUUCAAAAAUUAACCGAAAUGAUACGGAAAACAUCGUCGAUAUUCGAGACGACUGGUGAAACGACACGCGAAACGGAUCAAGAGAAUAUCAUCAAAUUAAUUGAGAAGGUGAAUAAAACGUUGGAAUUGCUUGAUUUUAUGCCGAAUACAUCCGUAAUUAGUGAUCAAUUAACGAAAGCAAAUCUAAAUCAAAGAGUUAUACAAGCCGUUUUGAAUCGUCUGCGUGUUAUUGAGUUGAAUUCGUCGGAACCACUCCGAAAUCGUAUCAAAACAAUAGUUUCGAACGUCAGCACGAUCAGCUCAAAACUCUCGAACCUCAGCCAACCCCUUUCGCUAAUUUUGAAUCGUCUCGAGGAGUCGGAAUCGAUGCUUCAAGCGAAUUUCAAUGUGUACCUUCAGAAGGUCAUUAAAGAGUUCUUGAUGAAUCUUAAACGAUCGAUCACGGAUUAUAUUGAGCAUGUGCAGAGAGCUGUGAGUGUUUUGAUUUAUUGGUUGAUUUGA